GUCCGCCCGGAGCACCGGGUCCACAAGGGCCGAAAGGAACAAGCGGACAAAGGGGACGACGUGGUAAACGAGGGUUGCGAGGAUCUCCUGGAAUACAAGGUCCACCUGGACUACCAGGUCCGCARGGACCGAGGGGAGUGCCAGGAAGARCGCUCUCUGGAAAAUCUUCAUCGAUUAUCCAUUCCCUUGGUGGCUCUUCCAAAAAUAACCAAAAGACCUCCAUCUGUUCUUGUCACCAAAGAAGGCGAUAAUGUUGUCAUUCCGUCCAAAGCCUCUGGUUUUCCUAAACCUAAAAUCUCGUGGUACAAAGACAACAAGAAAGUAGACGAGCGAUUCUAUGCAACUGGUGAUCUACGAAUAAAGAAUGUCAAGUUCCAAGACCAUGGGGUUUACUUAUUGAAAGCAAAGAAUUUCAUUGGUCAAGCAACAGCGAAAAUGAAACUUGUUGUAAAUGUUGCUCCACGAUUCGUGAUUCUACCUCCACAUUACCUUUCUGGUUAUGAAGACUGGAACACAACCAUCACAUGCAAUAUAUUUGGGUUUCCUCCUCCACGGAUCGAAUGGACACGAGCACAAAAAGCCAUGCCUAAAGGACGCCAUGUAAAAUCUGGUAAUCGACUUAUUAUCAUGAAUACAAAGAGAGAGGAUAAGGGACCCUACAUGUGCAAGGGAAUCAAUAAUCAAGGGAAUGUGCUUGCUAUGGUAGUCCUUAAUGUUCAUUCUGUUA